GUACUACCGCUACGUAAACAUGUUAAAAAAAAUCCAUUCACCAUUGUCAGGUUGACAGACACGAAGCUUUAUUGUAUUAGUAAGAAUUCAGAAAAUUACAUAUUUACCAUGUCUACAAGUGUUCCUCUUGUUGUGAGGCUGUUGUCUUCAUCAGUUUCAGUAGCUAACAGAGCUGGUAAAAUAGUACGAGAUGUCAUGAGUAAAGGAGAAUUAGGGAUCAUCGAAAAGGGCAAAGAUGAUUAUCAAACAGAGGCAGAUAGAUCUGCUCAAAGAUGUAUUAUUGCGUCACUAUCUGCACAAUAUCCAAAGCUGAACAUAAUUGGGGAAGAAGAUAGUCCAGAUAACGAGGGAGAAGUUCCAAGUGAUUGGAUUGUUCUCGAUUCUGAUAAGGAUAUACUGUCGCUGGAGUGCCCCGCUGCCCUGAAAAGUGUGAAGGAGGAAGACAUUGUUGUAUGGGUAGACCCUCUUGAUGGAACAUCGGAGUACACUCAAGGUGCCCUAAUGUUGAAGAGAGAUCCUUGGGAAAGAUGGAAAAUGUAUUUAACUCAUCCAUUUAUUAGUAUGAAGUGGUAUUUUAGCUUGCUACAAUCAAAAUAUGGGUUCCUUGAACAUGUCACCGUAUUAAUUGGAAUAUCAGUCAAUGAAAAACCUGUGGCGGGGGUUAUACAUCAACCAUAUUACAAGAACUUAAUUGGUGAAAAAAAAAUAGGCAGAACUAUUUGGGGAUUGCAAGAGGUGGGUGUUGGUGGUUACACUCCAGCUCCACCUCCGGAUUCUUUGGUAAUUACCACUACCAGAAGUCAUUCUAAUCCAGUAGUAGAACAAGCACUGGCUGUUAUGAAUGCAUCUCAAAUUCUUCGAGUAGGAGGAGCUGGAUACAAAGUACUACAAUUGUUAGAAGGUAAAGCGUCUGUGUAUGUAUUUGCGAGUAGUGGAUGCAAAAAAUGGGACACUUGUGCGCCCGAGGCAAUAUUGAACGCAGCGGGUGGCAAAUUAACAGAUGUCCUUGGUAAUUUUUACAAAUAUGGUGCUUCAGAACCUCAUCCAAAUAAAACUGGUGUUCUCGCCGCUAUUAAUGACGAGCUACACAGUUAUGCAGUUAACAAAAUACCACAAGAGCUUAAAGAGACACUUUCAAAAAAAUAGAUCUCGAUAUAGAUAUGAUAUGUAUGAAGUAUUUGCUAUCAAUACAAUAAAAUUGUUUACAGGUAAAAUAAUACUACAAGUAUUAGAAUGA